UAGCCAUUGAAUUGUUCAAUACCUGGUCCAAUUUCCCCAUCCAUUUCAGAGUUUUUGGUAUAGAGACGGACAUGUCCAGGGAAGGAACGGGCCGAAACCAUGCCCUUGUCGAGAACUGCAUCGAGGAGAUUAAAAGGCUGUGUAACAUGUCAUUUUCUCGAGAUUCGGUAGACAUCCAAUUUGUCAAAAUUGCCGAUGCUGAAAAUUUAAAAUACAUCCCAGGCCAAAAUCGACGACCUACUGAUCCAGUUAACCUAAGCAGAUUCCACCAGAAUAUAUCUAUAUUGGCCCGCGUUUGGACUUGGGUCAUGGUAGAUGCACAGCAGAUUAUAGGUUGGUUUGAGGCGGCGCAGAAUGUUGUGGAGUAUGAUUCUUGGAUGCAGAUUUGCCUCGAACACGGUGUAGAAAUCUAUGCAGAGAUGGUGGUCUACCUAAAGCAACAUGCGGAUGGAAUGGAGCAUUGGCUCAACUGGCCUUGAGCAAGGCUCGUUUAUGAUGCAUGACUAGUCUAUAAACCUUCAGCUGAAUUCCAGCAUGUGAGAAUAACAGAC